AUGGCGAUUGGUGUUCACUCAUACAAGGGUGGGGUGAGGCUCAUGGCAAGCUCGAAUGCCUGCCAUGGCAGGGGUUUCUCAUCAUCUGGAUAUGGGGUGCAAACACUUCUGGAUGAUUGGUAUCGAUGUUUUGACCGUUUUCAUGCCCUUCAGGUCAUGAUCGACUCAAACAUCCGGGUUCCCGUUUUCUGUGGGGAAGGCCACAAUGUUCGCUUCAGCCGCUACCAGCUGAGUGCAUUUAUCGAACAUCAUGGGAGCACGCCUCAGUCGGGUCAUUAUACUGCUACCCUGGCUCAGGCGGAAAACUUUUGGAGUUGUGAUGAUGGAAGACCGGCCAGAAAGCUGACAGAGCUGAAAGUUUCGCCACAUAAAGCUUGCUAUGUUCUGUUCUAUAGUCAUGAAGAAGCUCUGGAGCGGACGGUCGGCACAAGAUAG